CUGAAUGUAAAAAGUUCGUUGCUUUUAUAACAUCAACUUUCAUGCUAACCUGUCUGAAACUCAUAGAUUUUUUAUUUAGAAGUACAAUAUACAAUGUACUUGAAUUGACAGGCUUUAUGAAGAUGAUUUUUCCAUUACUUGUGGUAUUUUACUGUAUAAUGGUUGUGAAAUCUGAAACAUGCCUUGGGAGCCAAGAAAAAACAAUUUUAUCUGGUAUAAAAUCCUCCAUUAAGACAUUGGAAGAGAAGUUGGAAGGAAAAUCCCCGAGAUGUAGAGCAGGAUGGAAAGAAUUAAAAGACCGCUGUUAUUUCUUUUCCACUGACAAAAAAUCCUGGCACGAGGCGGAGGUAAAGUGUCGAAAUCUAGGAGGGUACCUCGCACAAGUUACUGAUUCUGCAGAAAAUUCAUGGAUUGUUUCUAUGAUUACGAGUAAAAAAGUGAACCAGCAGAAUUACUGGAUAGGUGCAACUGAUUUUAAAGAAGGUGAUUGGAAAUGGGUGAAUGAUUUGUCUAAAGUACAUUUUACCAGUUGGGACUCAGGUCAACCUGAUAAUCAUCAAGGCAAGGAGGACUGUGCUCAUUUCGGGCAUACACAUAAAUAUAAAUGGAAUGACCAUGAGUGCAGCAAUAUAUUUGGGUAUAUUUGUGAGAGUCCUCAGGGUUCUAAUUGUCUUCUGUACUCAAGACUGUUAAAGAGUGCUGUCCGUAGAAAGUAGCAACCUGUCGUGAAAAAAGUGAAAUAAUAAAAAUUGACUUCUUGUAAUUAUA